AUGUCUGGACGCCGCGAUUUCCUGAGCCAGGCCGCGCCUGAGAACUACGUCGCCGGUCUCGGACGUGGCGCUACUGGCUUUACGACGCGAUCAGACCUUGGCCCGACGCGCGAAGGCCCCAGCCCCGAGCAGAUCCAAGAAGCGCUCGCGAAACGCGCUCAACAAUUAGGCGCUGCACCGCCUACAGCGUACGGAGCAAGCGACAAGAAGAAACCGGACGAGGAGCAGGAGCAGGAAGACGAGCGCUUUCAGGAUCCGGAGAACGAAACAGGCCUGUUUGCAUUUGGGCAAUUCGACAGAGAAGACGAUGAGGCAGACAGGAUAUACCAGGAUGUGGACGAGAAGAUGGCACGGCGGAGGAAAGCCAGAAGGGAAGCACGCGAGAAGCAAGAACAAGAAGAGUACGACCGAAACAACCCCAAGAUCUCCGAGCAAUUCGCAGAUCUCAAACGAGGUCUGACUUCUAUGACGGACGAUGACUGGGCAAGCAUCCCCGAUGCUGGCGACAUGACCGGCAAAAACCGUCGAGCGAAGCAGGAUAUGAAGAAGCGCUUCUACGCCGUUCCAGACAGCGUGCUAGCAGGUGCACGAGACUCUACACAGUUUGAGACCAGUGUUCAGGACGAUGCUAAUGGCAAUGGGGAGGGCGCUGAUGGCACAAUGACUAACUUCGCGGACAUCGGUGCAGCCCGAAACAAGGUGCUCAAAGCCCGUAUCGAUCAGGCUCAGGCUACACAGAACAACGGCACGACUACUGGCACAUCUACGACGAUUGAUCCAAAGGGCUACCUCACCAGUCUAGUAUCGUCCGAGCUCAAGGCAAGCGAGAUUGAGGUGGGCGACGUAAACCGGGUCAGAGGCCUCCUGGAGUCCUUGGUGAAGACAAAUCCGAAACACGCACCUGGCUGGAUCGCUAUAGCCCGCCUAGAAGAGAUGGCCGGCAAAAUCGUUGCGGCAAGGAAGCUGAUGGCGCGAGGAUGCGAGCUGUGCCCCAAGAGCGAAGACGCCUGGUCAGAAAACAUCCGCCUCAACAAGGUCGACAACAAUCACAAUGCUAAGAUUAUUGCUGCGAACGCCAUCAAGAACAACGAGCGGUCUACAAAGCUGUGGAUGGAAGCCAUGGAGCUGGAAUCAGAGAACAGAGACAAGAAGAAGAUCCUCCGGAUGGCCCUGGACCAUAUCCCGCAAUCAGUCGCCAUCUGGAAAGCAGCCGUCAACCUGGAAGAGGACAUCGCCGAUGCGCGACUAAUGCUCGCUAAAGCGACAGAAAUCAUCCCAUUGUCCGUAGAGCUGUGGCUAGCCCUUGCGCGACUGGAAACGCCAGAGAAUGCCCAAGCGGUGCUGAACAAGGCACGGAAAGCUGUACCAACCAGUCACCUGAUCUGGAUAGCGGCCGCCCGGUUACAGGAACAGAUCGGCAACGCAAAUAAGGUCAACCUCAUGAAUCGUGCUAUCAAAGCAUUGGUCAAAGAGAACGCUAUGCCUAAACGGGAAGAAUGGAUCACCGAGGCUGAGAAGUGCGAGGAGGAAGGAGCCAUACUGACCUGCGCCAAUAUUAUCAGAGAGACGCUAGGGUGGACUCUGGAGGACGAUGACGACCGGAAAGAUAUCUGGAAGGACGACGCCAAGGCCAGUAUAGGACGCGGCAGAUACCAUACAGCACGAGCCAUAUACGCGUAUGCGCUACGUGUGUUCCCAACAAGCAUCUCACUUUGGCUCGCAGCAACGGAUCUGGAAAAGAACCACGGCAGUAAGGAGGAUCUAUGGCAUCUACUGGAGAAGGCUGUAGAGGCAUGUCCACAGUCAGACGUUCUUUGGCUUCAGCUCGCGAGAGAGAAGUGGGAUGCCGGCGACGUGGACGGCAGUCGAAUUGUGCUCGGCAAUGCUUUCAAGCAGAACCCAGGAAACGAGGAGAUCUGGCUGGCUGCUGUUAAGCUUGAGGCGGACGCUGGUCAGGUCGACCAGGCCAGAGAGCUACUCAACGAAGCUCGGCGGGAAGCUCCUACGGAAAGAGUCUGGUACAAAAGCGCAGCUUACGAGCGACAGCUUGGCAACACUGAUAUUGCGCUGGACCUCGUGCUCCAGGGUCUGUCAUCGGCGAUAGUCAACAAAAAGGAGACAAGAUUCCCGCGUUCCGCGAAGUUGUGGAUGAUGAAGGGCCAGAUCUACGAGGACAAGGGCAUGAUCCCGCAAGCUCGCGAAGCAUACUCGCAAGGCACUCGGGCGUGCCCGAAGUCGGUGCCACUGUGGCUGUUGGCUGCACGGCUGGAAGUAUCUGCGGGUGUCACCAUCAAGGCGCGCUCUGUGCUAGAACGCAGCCGCCUGCAGAAUCCCAAGACACCCGAGCUCUGGGCUGAAAGUGUCAGAGUCGAGCUCAACGCGAAACCAGCAAACCCACAGCAGGCUAGGAUAUUGAUGAGCAAGGCCAUGCAGGAAUGCCCGAAAUCUGGCCUCCUUUGGUCAGAGAACAUCUGGCAUCUACAGCCUCGCACCCAACGCAAACCACAAGCUCUGGAGGCGAUCAAGGCCGUCGACAAUGACCCAGUGCUCCUUGUAACCGUGGCUAGGAUCUUCUGGGGCGAGCGCAAGCUUGACAAAGCCAUGAGCUGGUUCGAGAAGGCGUUAGUGCUGGAUCCGGAUAUAGGGGACACCUGGGCGUGGUAUCUCAAGUUCCUGAUCCAGCAUGGAACAGAAGAAAAACGCGCCGAUGUAAUCUCCAAAUGCGUCGCCAACGAGCCAAAGCAUGGAGAGGUGUGGCAACGGGUGCGGAAGGAGCCCAAGAACGCAGGUCUGGGUACGGAGGAGGUACUACAGAAGGUGGUACAGGAACUGAAGGUAUUGCCAUAG